CAGCAUUCAGACCAGUGGGAGCAGUAUGGAGCGGUGAGCCUGCGGGACACGACGAUGCAUCCGAGGUCCGGUUAAAGCAAGCAGCACCGUCUACUUUUUCAUUGUAGUGUAGUUUGAUAGCAUACAGUAGCAUGCAGGGGAAGAUGCUUCGAUAUUUUGCUGUGGGUUUUUGUGUGGCAUUAGUUUGCCUGCCGCUGCUGAGCGCCUCAUGUCCGGCCCAGUGUAGCUGUUAUUAUCACAAAUUAAGCGAUGGAUCUAAAGCAAGGAGUGUGCUUUGCAAUGAUCCAGAUAUCACUGUGGUCCCUCCAAAUUUUCCCACUGACACGUCAAAACUGCGCAUUGAGAAGACAGCAAUCACAAGGAUCUCAAGCGAGAACUUUCACUACCUCAACAGCCUGGAGUUUUUGUGGAUGUCUUUCAAUUCAUUGAAUUCGCUGAAUGUGGAUAGUUUCCGGGGUCUGUACAAUCUGAACGAGCUGAGGCUGGAUGGCAACUCUCUUACCUCUUUUCCCUGGGAGUCUCUGUCUGAUAUGCCUAAUCUGAGGCUUCUCGAUUUACACAACAAUAAGAUUUCAGCUAUACCCAUUGAAGCAACCAUGUACAUAAAGAAUAUAACCUAUCUGGACUUAUCCAGCAAUAGUCUGGCAACUAUUCCUGCUGAGGUUCUCACAAUGUGGCUGAGUGUGAAGCCAUCCCAGGACGUCGAUUCCUCCAAACUAAUUCUUGGUCUCCAUGACAACCCAUGGAUGUGUGACUGCCGAUUAUAUGAUCUGGUUCAGUUUCAGAAGUCCCCAUCAUCCUCUGUAGCUCUCAUCGACACCAGGUUGCGGUGCGCUGAUCCAGAGAGCUUGUCGGGGGUACUGUUCACUGAGGCGGAGCUGCAAAGGUGCCAGGGGCCUCGGGUCCACACCGCUGUCGCUCGUGUCCGCAGCUCCUUGGGCAACAAUGUCCUGCUGCGCUGUGGGACGGUUGGAGUUCCCAUUCCUGAGUUGUCUUGGACCCGUGCUGAUGGCAAGAAAAUGAAUGGCACUGUUCAGGAAGAGAUCUCAAAGGAGGGAAUCAUCUGGUCGAUCCUCAGUGUGCCUGCCGUCUCCUACCGUGAUUCUGGGAAAUAUGUUUGUAAAGCAACCAACUUUGUGGGAACUUCAGACGCCAUCAUCUCCUUGGUCAUCACAGAUUCCUUUCGGUCAGAGGAAACAGGGACUUCCAAGAGAACCAGAGGGAAGAAAACUGGUGGCAUUGGAAAGGCGGCGUACCAGGAGAAACUUAUUGCCAGAUACGUACCUCCACCAACCACCACGGCAGCUCAACCUAUCAUUGAACCCCUCAAUGGCAAAGGUGUCACUGGAAAGUACGAGAUUGAAAGCUACAGCAUUUCUGACAGUGCUGCAGAGGGACAAGCCAGUGCACCUAAUGCAGCUGGCUCAGGGGAGGUGGAGAAGGAUGUUCUGAGUAAUUUAGCAGCCAAUGCCUCCUCCUUACAGCAGGCUCCAGAGAAAAGGAUAGUGCGUUCUGUUAAGGUGAUUGGUGACACCGACCACACUGUCUCGCUGAACUGGCGCGCACCUACAGCCAGUAACACCACAGAGUUCAGUGUCCUAUAUGCUAUAUUUGGCGAGAGAGACAUGCGUCGGAUCAAUGUAGGUGCUGGCAAGAACCGCAUCACCAUCGAUGGCCUGGUGCCAAAGACAAAGUAUAUUGCCUGUGUUUGCGUCAAAGGCCUAAUUCCAAAAAAGGAACAGUGUGUUAUCUUCUCAACAGAUGAGGCGGCCAGUGCCAGUGGCACGCAGAAGCUCAUUAAUGUAGUGGUUAUAACUGUGGCAUGCGUGAUUGCUGUGCCCCUCACACUGAUUGUUUGCUGCGGGGCCCUAAAGAAGCGUUGCCAAAAGCUGCUGGGGAGACAAACCAAAGAAAUGCAAGACUCCUAUGUCACCUUUGAGACCCUUUCACCAGGGGCGAAAACUAAAGGAAUGGAGGGGGAAUAUCUGACUAGGCUAAAUCCUGACGAAUCUAACAGGCUCCUCUCUGCAAGGUCCAGUGUGGACUCAGAGGCCACGGCCAGGACUGAAGGACCACCAAACGAAUAUUUCUGCUGAUACCAAAUGUAUGCCUCAACAUUUAGUGGAUGCACUUUUCUUUGCAAGGGCCUGUGAUGUAAAUACUUACACCACUGUGCUCAGGGACUGGAGUAGUGAAACAAAAGGAGAAAGAAAAAUCAAAUGACCUCUUUUAGGGGUCUUCGAAGGACAUUGACAGCUCUGUCAGUACUGGAUGUAUGAAAUUGCUUAUUAUUUUACAGCCUUGUGGGAAUACAGGCCACCAUUGAUGCGGUGAACUGCAAAAAGGGAAAUUUACACUGUAAUGAUUUCACUAUUUAAAUGCAGUGUUUUUAAUGUGUAAAAAUGUCUUUUGUAUUUAUCAUGCACUUUUAAAGGGGACUUUAUGGAGAAGUAUAUUCGUGAAAUGUUACCCAACACUGUCUGAAACCCAUUUUAGACACAGGAGGACCUCUUCUGAGACUUAACCUCUGCAUAAAUCUUUAUUUAAUAAAAUGGUGUGUUUGUAGAAAUGAUGAACCAGCAAAUGCUAGCUUAUUUUAUAUAUCAGUCUAUCUAUUAUAUAUGUUAAUGUGCCAGGUUCAAAUCCUAAAAGUACAGUAUAUUUUAUAAUGUACAUAUUUAUGACCUGAGAUAUGUUUGUGUGUGAAUGUCUGAAAAAUAAAUCAUUUUUAUAUCAAUACAUGUUUAUAAAAUUUUUUUAAACAUUUCUCCAAACAUUGUUAUUUAAAUGUAUUAAUAUUUGUUUAGAACAUUAGCGGAGAUUAUAUUUGAAAUGUGCAUUAGGAACUAGCAUCCUAUUGAAUAUUAAUAUAGGUAUAAUGCAGAAUAUUCACUCACAAAACAAUGAAUACAUUUUGAUGAAACAUGCAUCUGAACUGAAUCUGGUCAGAAAGAAUUUAUAACUAAUUAUUUCCAAUUGUUUAAACCUGGUGUAUGUAUACCUAAUGCAUGUGUGGGUGGGAUCGGCACAGUUACCAUAAUGUUGGGUUGUUGUUUUUUUCAAUAAAGUCUACCAAAUCUA